AUGCGAGCAGGUUUCGCGUCCCUGAAACUGAACGAUGCAUCCAACCCCGAGGAUGGUUCCACUUCAGCGAACCAUGCCUCAAAAACAGCGGUGGCCGGGGCCGCCUCGGUAUCGCCCAUGCCCACAUUGGAUGGCUCGGAUGCCCUCGCUUGGCUAGCACGGGCUGAGCAGUAUUUUCUGAUCUUCGGGACCACUCCCGAGAAUCGGGUGGGCUUGGCGAUGGUGGCACUGGCAGGAGAGGCCCUGCCGUGGUACCAAUUGCUGCGACACCGAGUCCCGGAUCUGCCAUGGGCUCGGUUCGCAAGAGAGCUGAUGAAGCAUUUCGGGGGCACCGGGGCCCUGAACGAAUAUGAAGCAUUCGCGGCGGUCAGACACACCGGGUCGCUGGCGGAAUUUGUGGCGGCCUUCGAGGCGCGCCUUGCACAGGUACCGGACAUCUCGUGCCAGCAAUACCUGGGCUUUUUCAUGGCUGCCCUCCGACCCGAGGUGCGGCUACAAGUGAAGGCCGCCAAAAUCACGACCUAUGAAGACGCGGUCGAAAUGGCUCUAGACCUCGACAUCAUGGCAUCGGCCCAACCUCAGCGGCCUGCCCCCUCCCAAGCCACGGUCCAGACGCACUCCUACCAGAGCCACGCAACUCGGUCAGCCACGAAAGGGUAUUCUCCAAACCCCUCGUACUCAACAGCCUCGUCGAAGCCAAUCUCCAAACGUUUUCGGAACGUGUCGCCGGAGGAAUAUAGGCGGCAUAUCGCAGCAGGGACCUGUGUCAAGUGCGGCUUAAAGUUUGGGCCAGCCCACCGAUGCCCCCCCAGGACUCUCAACGUCAUGAUUUGCGAUGACAAUGACUAUUCGGCCGCUGAUUCCAAGCCCGACGACGCUGAGGUGGUGGAAACCGGGGUUGAGCCACAGCUGUCGGCAUUGUCCCUAAACGGUCUCGACACGGCAAACACAAUGAAACUUUUUGGAGCAAUCGCCUCUCAUUCCGUUAAGGUGAUGGUCGAUAGCGGGGCAAAUUACUGUUUUAUUUCCGAUCAAUGCGCCCUGCGGCUCGAGCUAUCAAUUAUGCCUACCUCACCCUACUCGGUGGUAUUAGGUGACGGCUCCACGCGUCGCGCAUCAGGGAUCUGCCACGACGUGCCGCUGAAGUUGUUAAAUGAGGAGUUUGUGGUGUCUUGCUACGUUUUUCCCCUCCGGAACAUUGAUGUCAUUCUAGGUGUCGCAUGGCUAGCGUCACUCGGCUAUGUCAUGGCAAAUUGGCAACGGUCUUCUAUGGACUUCAGGGUACACGGCCGACCAGUAUCUCUCAAAGGCGACCCGUCUCUCAUGCGCAGAGCGUGCUCCACCCGGGACCUCCGCUGCCUUAAGGAGGGAGACUACUGCUGGGUCCUCUGCGCUAUGGAGCAAGCCGCCACGGCCGAACCCUUUGAGAUGGAUUCGGCCCUGUCCCCGUCGGCCAGGUCGCAACUGCUCGGACUGAUCGGGGAGUUUCCGGCAAUCACGCGGGACGCCGUCGGUCUGCCCCCACGCCGCCGCACUGACCAUAGGAUACCCCUCAUUCCAGGCACCAACCCCGUUUCAGUGCGGCCCUAUCGGUACAAUCACUUACAGAAGGAUGAGAUGGAGAAACUCGUGGUCGAGAUGCUGAGUUCCGGAGUGAUUCAGCCCAGCACCAGCCCCUUCUCGAGCCCGGAACUCAACAAACGGACGGUCCCGGACAAAUACCCAAUUCCGGUGAUCCAAGAGCUACUUGACGAGUUGCAUGGGGCCAAGUGGUUUAGCAAGAUCGUUUUAAAGGCAGGGUACCACCAGAUCCAGGUGGCAAACGACGACGUCUCGAAGACGGCUUUUAGAACCCACUCCGGUCAUUACGAGUUCCUCGUCAUGCCGUUCGGCCUCACCAACGCCCCAGCCACCUUCCAGAGCCUGAUGAACGACAUUUUCCGACUAGCCCUUCGGAAGUUCGUGUUGGUGUUUUUCGACGACAUUCUUGUCUACAGCGCGACUUGGGCAGACCAUAUGCGCCACCUCCGCCAAGUUUUCGAGGCCUUAAACGCGCACGCCCUUGUCGUCAACGCGAAGAAGUGUCUCCUGGGUCGGGCUAGCGUCGAGUACCUCGGCCACAUUAUGUCUUUCGAGGGGGUUAAAAUGGACCCGGCCAAAGUCUCGGCCGUCCUCCGCUGGCCGACACCAACAUCGCUGAAGAGUAUCCGCGGGUUCCUCGGUCUGACAGGAUAUUAUCGCCGAUUUAUCAAGGAUUACAGCAAAAUCGCGGCCCCACUAACGGAGCUCCUAAAGAAGCAGCCCACACCGCCUCCGAAGGUCGCAUGGAAUUGGACACCGGCCGCAGCCGCCGUCUUCGAAGCCCUCAAAUCGGCCUUGACGUCUGCCCCCCUGCUCAAGAUGCCGGACUUCACUAAGGAGUUUGUGAUAGAAUGCGACGCAUCGGGGAGGGGCAUCGGGGCCGUACUGAUGCAGGACCGCCAGCCGGUGGCCUAUUUUAGCAAGACAUUAUCCUCUCGAUGGUUAGCCAAGUCGGCCUACGAGAAGGAACUCAUGGCCCUCGUCCUAGCAAUCCAUCACUAG